AAAUCCCGGCUCCACGCUCUCCUCGGCUUUUACAGAUCCACCCCCCGCGCCCCGCGACUACCUCUCCCCGGAACGGAAUCCUUCUAUGAAGAGGAGGUGAGGGAGCUGGGGCCACCAGGAGUUUCCCAGGCACCCAAGAUGCGCUCCAUCAGGAAGAGGUGGACGAUCUGCACGAUCAGUCUGCUCCUGAUCUUUUAUAAGACAAAAGAGAUGGCACGGACCGAGGAGCACCAGGAGACGCAACUCAUCGGAGAUGGUGAGCUGUGUUUGAGUCGAUCCCUUGUCAAUAGUUCGGAUAAAAUCAUUCGAAAGGGUGGUUCUUCAAUCUUCCAGCAUUCUGUAGAAGGUUGGAAAAUCAAUUCCUCUUUGGUCCUAGAAAUAAGGAAGAACAUUCUUCGUUUCCUAGAUGCCGAACGAGAUGUCUCCGUCGUCAAGAGCAGCUUUAAGCCUGGUGACGUCAUACACUAUGUGCUGGACAGACGUCGGACACUAAAUAUUUCCCAGGACCUGCACAGCCUCCUCCCUGAAGUUUCACCGAUGAAAAACCGCAGAUUUAAGACUUGCGCGGUUGUUGGAAACUCUGGCAUUCUGCUAGAUAGUGAGUGUGGAAAAGAGAUCGACAGUCACAAUUUUGUAAUAAGGUGUAAUCUAGCCCCUGUGGUGGAGUUUGCUGCAGAUGUGGGAACUAAAUCAGAUUUUAUUACCAUGAAUCCAUCAGUUGUACAAAGAGCGUUUGGAGGCUUUCGGAAUGAGAGUGACAGAGAAAAAUUUGUGCAUAGACUUUCCAUGCUGAAUGACAGUGUCCUUUGGAUCCCUGCUUUCAUGGUCAAAGGAGGAGAGAAGCACGUGGAGUGGGUUAAUGCGUUAAUCCUUAAGAAUAAACUGAAAGUGCGGACUGCCUAUCCAUCACUGAGACUUAUUCAUGCUGUCAGAGGUUACUGGCUGACAAACAAAGUCCCCAUCAAAAGGCCCAGCACAGGUCUACUCAUGUAUACACUUGCCACGAGAUUCUGUGAUGAAAUUCACCUGUAUGGAUUCUGGCCAUUCCCUAAGGAUUUGAAUGGGAAAGCUGUCAAAUAUCAUUACUAUGAUGACUUAAAAUAUAGAUACUUUUCCAAUGCAAGUCCUCAUAGAAUGCCGUUAGAAUUCAAAACGUUAAAUGUGCUACAUAAUAGAGGAGCUCUGAAACUGACAACAGGAAAGUGCAUAAAGCAAUAAAGCACACCUGAAACAUACAGACAGACUGAAUAUGCACUUCUUUUCUGAAGAUGCUUCCUAAGAUUUGAAAAACAGGAUCCAAUAUAAGACUGGGUUGCAGCAUCCACCACUUACCUGAAAGGUGAUUAAAGGACAUUCAUGAGAAAUCCACUACCAGCUGACGAAAUACCUGCAAAGUGCUCUAAAAAUUAAGUAUUUUGACUUCAAGGGUCCUUAGUAAGUGCCACUUCCACUCAGAACACAGUUUGAAUGUAUAAUCAGUAGUGUUUACAAGAUCCAACAAUGCACUCGUCAUGAGUUAACGAAGCAAAAACGUUCAUCACUGUUGGGCUGGCACUGCAACGCCAAGCAUGAGAAGAGGAAGCCGGGAACACCACUCAGCCCUUGGGGAAACCGAACUGUCCUGUCAGCAGAAACCACGAUGGAAACAGUUUGAGCAGGGAAAUCCGUGAGGUCAAACAACUCAAGGAAAUGCCUUCAGUCAGGACUCUGAGUCUGAUCAUGAUGAACUUCAUGUUUUGUUUCUGUUCUUGUUUGCCUUCUGGAGUCUCUUUUUGUUUGGGUAUUCGGGGUGCUUUGAAAUCCUUUCUGAGAUAAAUAUGAAUGAGAUAAGUAACCUUUAAGUGAUCGUUUUUAAAGUUCUUAUAUUUUUAAACAGGUAUCACACAAUAACUUUGUAAAAAAAGGUUUUUUUUGCACAACCGUAAACUUCCCAGUUUUUUUUCCAAUGGUGUAGAAAAAGUGAAAGUGAAGUCGCUCAGUCGUGUCCGACUCUUUGUGACUCCAUGGACUGUAGCCUACCAGGCUUCUUCAUCCAUGGGAUUUUCCAGGAAGGGUACUGGAGUGGGUCGCUAUUUCCUUCUCCAGGAAUGGUGUAGAAGGUACCAGCUAAACUGUAUCACUCAGCAAUCUUGAGCCAUUCUAAAGGAAAGACAAACUCUGUGUCAUCUGAGAUGGUAAAAUUAGCAGGAAAAAAAAAAUACUUUUGGUACCAAAGAUUAUACUGAUGUGUCUACACGAGAAACCAAUCUCCUUUCAUGAAAAUAACAUAUUAGUAUAUUAGGAUUCUACUAAUGUAAAAAUUGUCUUUAGGUAUUUUAAAUUUUCCAAACUCAAACUUCAUUUUUGUUUGAAAGGAGAUUCCACGGCUUUUACAUUUCAUAAUGAUUUUGUGGAAGCAUUUUGCCCAUUAGAGUAAAUGUUUGACUGGUAGGUCUGAAAUGUGACUUCCAGUUCUUUGAUACCCCACUUGUUAAUUCAGAUGGAAAGACUGACUUGCUCUGUAGAUGACUGUUAAAAUUUCUUCAUGCAAAAAUGAUUAAUAGAGUGCUGUUUUCAUCACAGACAUAAUUUUAAGAGGUUUAACAAUGAGACUGUAUGUCAGUAUUUUGAACUUCAGAUUAAUUAAAUUGACCAAUAUUUUUUCUAUAGUUAAAUUUAUUCACAUCAUCACAUUAAUGUGUUUUUAGAGAAGCACAUGAAAUUAUUAAUAAAGUGACUUUUGAAAAUUUUAACAUAUAACAGAAUUGACCAACAGGCCAAUUUCUGGUAAUUACUACGCUGGUAGGUAAUUCUGAUGGUAAAUUGUUUCUUUAGAAAGCAGAAGUGCUAUGUUCCCACUUCUACUCUUGCCCUAAAACAAAAUAGAUUACUUCUUGUUUCUUAGGGAAGGCAAUCAUGAAAAGAAGAAAUAGUAUGAGGGAUAUAUAUGUUUUGUUUCUUGGAGAAGAAGGCCUGAAAAAGAAUAAAUAGCAUAAAGAAUAUACAUAUAUAUAUAUAUAUGUUAUCAAAAAAAGGAUAGUCAUAGUAAUACAGUUCUCAAUAUAUUAAUAAUAUGUGGUAUUCUUUUUAAAAAUAUGAUAGAACCUUGGGAUACAGAAGAUUAUAUUUUCUGAGAAUUUAUGUGUCUCUAAUAAAACAAAAUAGAAUCCACAAAGGAGAUACAUAGCUAAAAAUUGAUAGAAUAUAACGUAAUUUAUCACUGAACCUCUUAUUAUUGGAAGUUUUUAAAGGAUUAAGUCCAUAUUUUGAAUGUAGACUUGAAAAGUCUGAUAUACCCAACUAAUCAAAAGUAGGUGAUUACUUAAUUUGGACUUGCAAACAAGCUGUUUGAGUAGUCUUAAAUUUAAAUUCAAUAAAAAUUUUGAAGUCACAAGUCAAUUCUUUUAGAUAAGAUACAUCUCAGAACUCAUUGAAGGUAAAAAGUGGCAUCAAGGUACCUUGCCAUUUUGACUGUGCUUUCAACUCUGUUUAGACAAUUUUAAGGCCACAGCAAAAGCAUCCCAGACAUUCACUGUUCCAUGCAUUGAUGUUUAUCUCAUAAAUGCAUUGAGUAGUGCCUUUUUAGCUUCACAUUGCUUUGUUACCUUAUGCUUUAUGUUCUCUAAAUACGUUGCCCAGUUCUGAAAAUUCUCAGCAUAUAAAAAGGGCUUCAGUAUCGACUGAGACUACUUUUGUUCAUCUCAGGGAACUUUCAAUACUCAAGAAUGAAUUCAAUUAAAGGCGUUUAGUAUUCAAAGAAGACAGCCUGUACAAGACCAGUCCAUUCCCUAUUGUAGCGCUUUCCAUCUCCCCUCCCCAUUCACCAUCCACUGUGGCCUUCUUACAGGGGUGGGGCAGGGAGACUACUGAAGGCUGAAGGCAAGAAUAAGAAAAAGAAUUCAGAUCCAACCAAUCGGGGCAAAAGCGAUCAUGAUGAUAUCAAAUUAUAAGUACAUACUUGAAAUAUUUGAGUGUUUUUUUUUUCUUCUGAGACUAUGUUCACAGCUUUAAUAUUUUAUUUCCUUUUCAUGAUUUAAACCUGUACCUGGCAAUACUCAGGCAGCUGACUGUGAAACACUCCUGUCCCUUCGAGAACAUGGUUGUACUGUGCUGUUGACAUGAAGAGGCCAUGGAAACAUUUUCAUCAUUAUUACCCAGCCUGUUCUAUACUUAAUAUUGAGUUGCUGGAAUAAAAAAUAAUAAAUCAGUAACAGAUUUUUCUGGGCAGAUCUGAUGAUUGAGCCCACAGGACUGAUGAAAUAACUGGAAGUUUUUCUGUCUGAAAGAAGGUGCUAGGCAUUCAAAUGUGUUUAUGUAUUGUAUAUGAAAUGAAAUGUAUAUCAGUUGCUAAUGGGAAUUUCUACAUAUAUGCUUACAGAAGCAAUUUAUUUAAAUAAUGCUGUAGGUAGUGUACAUACCAACUAGUUAUUAAGCUACUACGCAGGAAGAGGGUGAACAAAGUAAUUUAUUUCUGAUUGAGCCAGUUAGUCAUAAUACACACAGUGUGGUAUUUGGUUCAUAAAAGAGUUGUUUUAUGUGGUUAUUGUUGGGAGUAUCUAUAAUUGUGGAAGGGGUGUAGGAAGAGUUAUGUAUAGUUAGUUGUGACCUCUACCAGUUUGAGAGUUUCCCCAUCAGACAUGAUCAAUAUACCAAUGUUUGACAAGUUGAGUGAGAGAGGGUUAUCGUUCCUAUUUGUUGAAAGAAAAUCCAAAUAAAGCCCACCUAGAAAUAGAUAUUUUAUUACAUAUGUGCUAUAGAUAUAUCUACAUAGUACAAAUAGACGUGUGAUGCAUAUAUACAAUGCUAUAUAUGUGUGUCUGUGUGUAUACACAGAGUCUGUAAUAUACACACACUGGAUUUGUGUUACGCUUAUGUCUUCAGGGUUUGCACUGUGAAGCACUCUGGAGAUAAGACCUCUUUAGAAUAAAGAAGUUCUUUUGAAACUUCAGUUGCUAACCUGCUUUAAAGGGAUCUACUUUAUAACUGAAUUCUAUGUUGUUCAUACCUAGAGUUAUAAUGAGGGUCUAGUAUAUCCAAAUCUUUAAAAAAAUUUAAAAAAAAAAGUCUUCAAGCUGGCAAUGUAUUUGAAUUGCAGUUUUCAGAUUGUGGCUCCAGAACCAUUGUCUCCGCAUUUAAGUAGCACCUUUUAAUAAUUACUGUUUCUUUGUGUAGGCAAAAGCACAAGAGUUUCAAAUGUAUAUAGCAGGGGGAAAAAAAAGGAGUUUACAGAGAUAGUACUGCUGCACAGAAUAAUUGCUACUGUUUCUUCUAUCAUUUGUGGAAUUGAAAGAUGAGGUUUAUUCUGUCAAGUUCAUUCUGUUCGACACUGUUUCCCUUUUGUUUAUGUAUAGCAGUCGGGUGUUAUUGUUUUAUCAUUUGUAAAACUGUAAAAUAAAUUAAACCCCCCUUUUUUUUUU